AUGCGCAGGCUGAGGCGCCGUCCCUUCCCCUCGGCGGCCAUGGCAGCGGCCGUUUCCGGUCUCGUCCUGGUCCGUGGGGGCGGCGCGGCGCGGAGCCGGGGCGUCUGGGAGGCGGCUAAGAUACGACCAGCCGCCGGGCCUCAGAUAUUAAAGCAAAUACAUACCAGGCCAGCAUUGUACAAGAGAAACGUUGCAGCCUCAGGACAUGAAGCAUAUACAGUGGCUUUUAUUAAAAAACAGAUUGAAGAGUUCAACAUUGGAAAGAGGCAUUUGGCCAACAUGAUGGGAGAGGAUCCAGAAACUUUUACCCAAGAGGAUAUCGAUAGAGCUAUUACCUACCUCUUCCCCAGCGGUUUGUUUGAGAAAAGGGCUCGACCCAUAAUGAAGCACCCUGAUGAUAUUUUUCCCAAGCAAAGAGCAAUCCAAUGGGGAGAAGAUGGCCAUCCUCAUCACUUUCUAUUUUAUACUGGCAAGCAGUCAUAUUAUUCAUUAAUGCACGAAGUGUAUGGGAAACUACUAAGCCUUCAAAAACACCAGAAUGACUUGAGAGCUCAAGGUCUGUUGUCUGAAACAAAUAAACCUAGAGACCUGAUUGGCAGCAGAUGGCUGAUUAAGGAGGAACUGGAAGAAAUGUUAGUGGAAAAACUGUCAGAUCAAGAUUAUAAGCGGCUCAUUGAACUGCUAGAGAGGUUAUCGACAUUCCCAGGUGAAGGCGACUACGUGCAGAGGUUUCGCCAAAGUGUUUCUGUUGAGUCAAAGAAACAUCUGAUAGAGCCUCUGCAAUAUGACGAGCAAGGAAGAGCUUUCAGCAUUGGUGAAGGUAAAAGAAAAACUGCAGUAGCAAAAGCAAUACUUUAUGAAAAUGGGAGUGGACAAAUAAAAGUAAAUGGAGCAGAUUAUUUACUCUACUUUUCAGUGACCCAGGACAGAGAACAGUUAAUGUUUCCUUUCCACUUUCUUGACCGACUCGGAAAGCACGAUAUGACCUGCACAGUGACAGGCGGGGGACGGGCCGCCCAGGCUGGAGCCGUACGCCUGGCUUCUGCAAAAGCCUUAUGUAGCUUUGUCAGCGAAGAUGAGGUGGAGUGGAUGAGACAAGCCGGAUUGCUGACUACUGAUCCGAGGGUGAGAGAACGAAAGAAGCCAGGACAAGAAGGAGCCCGCCGGAAAUUCACCUGGAAGAAGCGCUAGAGACCAAAGAGGAGACAGACCGGCCGGUGUUCUUGCAGCUCGUGCAGAAUCAGUCAUAAAUGUUCAUUGCAUAAAUGUAUUCAAAAUAAAGUUUUCAUAUUCCUGUUGA